AUUGUUCUUUUCACUAUUUUAGUCCGAACUAUCGAGAAAGAUAUACUGCAAACUAUAACUCCCAGCUCCCAUGUGAGGGGAAUAUCAUAUAUUUUCAUCUUCAUUCACCUUCUUUAUCUCUCAGUUGCGAAAAGUUGCCGCAAACAGAGAGCGCGAGGUGACCAUAACCACCAAAGUACCAAGACCCGAGAUCGGGAACCUACAUUUCUUACGUCACCACCAAGAAACACUUCCACUUGAACUGUUCACCAAACCCAUACACACACACACCCUCAGAGAAAGACAAGAAAAAGCAAAUGGCACCACCACCAAACUCCCGCUCCCCGGGAGUCCUCUACUGGGGCCCCCGCCUCUUCCUAGGCUCCUUAGCCAUCGCCUUCCUCAUCCACCUCAACCACCCCGCCUCAUCCUUCUCCCUCUCUUCCCUCUUCAGUCCCAACUCCGAGUCUGCCAUCACCGCAAUAACCUACUGCUACACCUCCAUCCUCACCUCCGCCGGCUCUUCUAGCGAAGCCGACUGCUUCUCCAUUUCCCCCGAUGGCAAGUUUACGAAAGUGUUUCACUCGGCUGAGGAUGUUUUGGUUGUCGGGGAUAAUGACAACAAUGAGGGAGGGGGUAUGGGAGGUAGUAGUGCGGUGGUGGAGAUGAAAGAGGGACAUGUGAUCCCCGGGAUUUGGGAUGGCCAUGGACAUCUGAUUCAGUAUGGAGAGUUUUUGCAUUCGGUGGAUUUGUUUGGAGCUAGUAGUGUGGAAAUGGUGAGGGAGAGGGUGAGGGGGUAUUUGAAGGAGAGGGGAGGGGAGGGGAGUGAUGUGGGGAGUAAGGAAAACUGGGCGAGAGGUGUUGGUUGGGACCAGAUGGUGUUGGGAGAGAUGCCUAGUGCUGCCAUGCUCGAGUCUGACCCAGCUCUAAAGGGCAAAUACAUCAUGCUUGACCGGGUCGACGUGCACUGCACCUGGGUCUCGCAGGCCAUUCUGGAUCUUAUCCCUCCCGAGUCCCUCCCCGAGGACGUCCCCGGUGGCGAGAUCAUCCGGGAGCCGGGCAUGGGCGUGUUCUGCGACAACGCCAUGGACAUCAUCACCUCACUAUGGCCCAAGCCCGACGCCGAGCGCAAGAAGACCUUCCUCAAGUCAGCCAUGAAGGAGCUGCACAAGGUCGGACUAGUCGGCAUGAACGACGCCGGCGUGACGCCGACCGACCUGAAGGUGUAUGAAGAAGCCAGCCGGAACGAAGACUGGUGGACUCUCCGUGUCUACGCCAUGAUCGAGUGCGGCGAGCGCAACGUCUUCUGCCCGCUCAAGGCCGACUCCGUCAAAACCCAGCACGAAGACGGCAUGCUCACCAUCCGCAGCGUCAAGCUCUUCGCCGACGGCGCCUUGGGAUCCUGGGGCAGCGCCAUGAUCGACCCUUACUCCGACAAACCCUCCACGCGCGGCUCCCUGCUCGUUAACGGCUCAACCCUCGAGUCUCUCGCCCGCUCCUGGUCCAACGCAGGGUACCAAGUCAACAUCCACGCCAUCGGCGACCUAGCCAACCGAUACGCCAUCGACGCGCUCGAAGCCGCUCUCAAAGACUCUUGCCCCAAGGGCACGUCGCUCAAAGACUGCCAAAACCAAUCCCACCGCUUCCGCAUCGAACACAGCCAAAUCAUCCACCCCACCGACCAAGCCCGCAUCCGCGACCUAGGCAUCAUCCCCUCCAUCCAGCCCACGCACGCCACCUCGGACAUGGCCUACGCUGAGUCCCGACUGGGUCCCGAGCGCACGCGGACCGAAGCCUACCGCAUGCGCAGCUUGAUCCACGAACUUAAAGUCCAGCCUGUUUUGGGGUCCGAUUUCCCCGUUGAGCCGCCGAACCCGUUCGAGGGGAUGUACGCGGCCGUGACGAGGAAGAAUCCGCAUACUGGCAAGGGAGUUGAUGGCGAUAACAAAGGAUGGUACGAGGAGGAGGCGUUGAGUCUUGAGGAGGCGCUUGCAGGGUUUACCGAGGGAGUGGCGGGCGGGAUGUUUACGGAGGGGAAGACGGGGGUUAUUAGGGAGGGGGCGUUUGCCGAUUGGGUGGUGCUUGAUGAGCCGUUGGAGGUGUUGGCUGCUAGGGAGGGUGGGGAGGGGCUGAGGAAGAUUAAGGUGAGGGAGACAUGGGUUGGGGGGAGGAAGGUUUAUGAUCGGGAGGAGGAGGCGAGUGAGAAGGUGGUGAAUGGUGGGGAGGAGGGGGUGAGGGAGGAUUUGUGAAGGGUUUGUGAAGGGUUUGUGAAAACAAGAUGAAGAGGAUGGUGAAAAAAAAGGUUAAGUUUGUAUAAACGAAGGAAUAUGGUAUGGAUGCUAUGGAUAUGACAUGAUGAUACACGAUGGGAUACACGACCGGAUACAAGACGGGAUAUACAACAGCUAUGGACCUAGACUAGAACGUAGAGGUUUUCGUCGAUUUAGACUGGUUCCUAGACCCCACUCACUUCAGGGUCUCUUCACU